AUGCACCUCAUUCCCACAACCCUCAAACAAGUUAACAACAACAAGAAGCUCAUCAUGACCACUGCGCCAAAGAUAGUGCACAUCGAGACCCGCUACGUUGAAACCGAAGCUGUAAACUUCAGAGACGUGGUGCAACGUCUCACGGGGAAAAACUCAUCCUUGGUGGCAAGUUCAGAUCACAGUAAAGUAAUAACUUCACGUGAUGGUGUCUGUGCCAAGCCUGAGGAACAUGCCACUCCCAUAUCUGAUGGUAACGAAAAGAGUAGCGUUUUAUCUUCUAUGGUUCUCAUGAACUUGUCCUUCAAAGACUUUGAAGGAUUCUUGUCUGACAUGCCUUCCAUGGAGGAGUUGCUCUUGUUGUAG